AUGCUCGCCCCUGCUGUUCUCGAUUUCAUCGAGAUCUUUGAUGCUGUUGGCUCAUUUAUCUUUGGUAUCUUCAUCCCAUUCACAGAUCAGCCAAAGACUAAUGUGUUCUUAGUGGAACGAGCUAACCAAGGCAAACCCUGUUUUCACAUACAGACCUGUAGUGAGAUUGUUGCAGCCAAUGCUCAUUUUCCAAUGAGAGAGGACGUGUCUGUCAUCUACACUGGCUCACAGCUGUAUCAAAAGGCUGAUAUGCUCCAAGGAAUGAUUCGAACGCUGGCAAAUGACGUGACUGUGUCCGUAGUGUAUGCCAAAAAUGACAGUUUGGCCCACUACCUUGUAGGAGAGGCGAUGAAACAGGACCACACACUUUAUGUUUCAGGGAGUGGGGUCUUAAUGGCAAGCUUGUCAAACAGGCCAGAAAGGGAUUGA